CAAAUGGAAAGACAAAAUCACUCCUUGGUGACUGAGUUUAUUUUGCUGGGACUCACAGAUUCUCAUGGGUUACAGAUUUUCUUUUUCUUAUUUUUUUCCAGUAUCUACACAGCUAUUGUGUUAGGUAACCUCAUAAUUAUCUCUGUAGUGAAAGUGGACCUUCAGUUGCACUCUCCCAUGUACUUACUACUAUCCAACCUCUCCUUUAUUGAUAUGUCUCUGGCCUCCUUUGCUAUUCCUAAAAUGAUCUCUGCCUUAAUUAGUGACUAUAAAACCAUCUCCUAUGAAGGCUGCAUGACCCAGAUGUUUUUCCUUCACCUUUUUGGUGGAAGUGAGAUGAUGUUGCUUGUAGCCAUGGCAGUUGAUAGAUAUAUUGCCAUAUGCAAACCCCUCCAUUACAACAGUAUCAUGAGCCAUCGUGCUUGCAUUGGGCUUACUUUUCUCUCCUGGACCACUGGUUUCAUGCACACUAUGAGCCAAAUGAUUUUUACAGUGACUUUGCCAUUCUGUGGUCCCAAUGUUGUGGACAGUUUCUUUUGCGAUCUACCUCGUGUGAUCAAACUUGCCUGCACUGAUACUUACAUUUUGGAGCUAUUGGUAAUUGCUGACAGUGGACUACUCUCUUUGUUCUGUUUCAUCUUUCUGCUGAUCUCCUAUAGUGUCAUCCUGAUCACAGUCCAGCAACGUUCUUCCAGUGGGUCUUCCAAGGCCUUAUCCACACUUUCAGCCCAUAUUACAGUGGUAGUGCUGUUCUUUGGGCGUUGCAUCUUCAUUUAUGUAUGGCCAUUCAUCAGCAUCUCCAUAGAUAAGAUCCUCUCUGUGUUUUAUACAAUCUUUACUCCCCUUUUAAACCCAAUCAUCUACACAUUCAGGAAUAAAGACAUGAAAAAAGCAAUAAAAAAAAUAAAGAACAAGCUUGUGAGUCCCAAAUCAACAUUUUAA